AUGGAUCAAGAAGAAGUAUUUGGUACCGGAGUGUUUCAAAAUCCAAACAGUUUUAGCGACGAUGACUUGGAAGAUGGCGCGGAAGUCAAUGCUAGAGAAAAUGAUUCAACAGGGGAUAGCAGUAGCGAGGAAGAGGAAUAUGGGACUGAUAACGACAACAAUGUGAAGAUCACGACAGAAGACACGUAUCAUAGAGUUCUGGGUAUGCUAUGUAUAUGAAGAGCCUAUCGCAAGAUUUGCAAGCGAAAUGUGAUGCACCUACAAUGAAAGUAAAUGUGACUCAGUGUGUUGGACGGAGCCUUCUAUUAUUUUCAUCACGUACACGUUAUUCCAGGCCAGACGCGGAAGAAUGCGACGAGAGGUUAAACAGCAUUUUAAAUGCAUUUCAAUUCCAACAGUUGCCGAUGCCCGGAGAUGGAGACUGUUUUCUACGUUGCAUUUCCAUCACUUUAAGCUCUUUUCUAACAAUAAAUCAAGGGAACUCAAAACUGAUCACGUACUUGAAAUCGAUCGGCAUCAGUACGGAAAGGUCUAACGAGGAUAAAAUAAACGUUCUCAGACAGUUGAUUGUGCAAGAAUUCACAGGGCCCAAUCGGCACCUUUACGAACCAUUUAUGAUAACAAACACCACUGAUUCAUAUGAUACAGAAGCUCAGAAGUUCCUUAGGCCAGGCCAUUAUGAUUCUGAAUUAGGAAACUGUGUGCCAAUGGCAAUGAGUAAUAUCCUGCAAAUACCGCUGGUUAUUUUUACAUCGAUGGAAAAUUAUCCCAUUACACAAAUAAUUCCUAGAACAAGAGUGCUUUCCGAAGUUCCGAUAUACCUCGCAUAUAAUCAUGGUGGCAGCGGACACUAUAAUUUGGCAGUUGAAGUAACUCACACGCAGUCAAAUUCAACUACAACUGAAGCAACCAGCAAAGAGGCAGACAAGCAUUUGCAAGUUGAGGCCGACGUUCCCCCUCAACAUGAGGCAGGGUGUUCGUGUGGUCGCGGAAACCCAGGGAAGACAGGGAAAAGUGAAUUCUGCAAACAAUAUAAGUCACGCUGUCCUUGUUUUCGUAAUCUGCGAGGCUGCAAUGAAAAGUGUUCCUGCCGUUUGUGCGCGAAUCCGUUUGGUAGAAAAACUCAAGAAAAAGGGAUCUUUGGUCCGCUACCAAGAAAGAGACAAAAACAAGAUCUUCAGAAAGAUAUGAAGCAGACAGACAAAGGAUAUAUGGAAAAGAAAACAGAAGAACCCAUCGCUACAAUUUGGUUUGAAGACGAACUGUAUGUCAUUGAAGCGUUGUUCUUGUACUUGUUAGUUACAAGCCAAGAUAUUACCCCGGACAGGGUCUUUGCAGAGUACCACAAGAUAAUAGAAUUCUGCUCAGAAGUGACAAUUUAUCAAAAUGUCUUUUCUCUGCGUCCAAGAUCCUCGUCAGCAAUAACAAAGAAACUACAAGAAAUAAAAGGCAAGUUAAAGGUUGACGAGGAAUUAUUCAAAAAAAAAUCCAAUACAACUGGUUUUUUGACUAAAUCGAAUUUGCACAAGCAGAUAACAAAAUGAUAUCUUCCUGCAACGGCCAAUCCCGUUCCAAAGGACUAAUCGCCAGUGAUUAUUGAAGGAAGUUUGGUCGCAGUUUUCCCACGAUGGCUUAAACCGUUAUUUCUCAUCGGCACGUGGCACUUUCAGCCACACGAAGCAGUUUUAAAUGAAAAACAAUGCAAACACAUUUGUGGCAGAGUUAAUGCGUUAUUCGUUUAAGAUCCAUGAUUCUUGAAGACGAGAAAACGUAUUAAUAAUUUUAGAAAAACGUGUUCUGUUUAAACAUAUUUUUUGUUUCAUUUUCUGAUAAAUCAUACUGUUUAUACGAGUUAUAUAAAACAGUGUCGAAAUUAAGUAUAAAUUAGUUGUUCUCGGACUUUGUCUAUUCCGUCUUUUGGUUAAUAGGCAGGUACCGUAUUUACUCGAAAAAACGCCCCCGGCGUUUAUUUUAAACUUGGCAUCGUUGACCCGGCGUUUAUUUGAAAUCCGAAGCUUGCUUGAGCACUUUAUCCAUGAAGCAAUGGAUUUUCUUCAUUAAAUUUUACAGAAAUAAAUCUUUCCGUUAUAUCUGCAGUACAUUAUACGUCUAAUAAAUACUUAAGGGGAUUAUUUAACAUUCCAUCUUGGAGACCCGGCGUUUAUUCGAAGCCCGGCGUUUAAUCGAGUAAAUACGGUAUUACAUGUAAUCUGUUCUGUUAGUUAUUCCCAAUCGGGGAUAUGAAAUUUUAUUUUCUUUAAGGAGGAAAAUAAAACAGAUGCAGCUCAUAUAACGAGAUCACUAAAUAUAAUGUCACCUAGAGAAUAUAGAUUGUCCAACUAGACAUGCUCUCAAAAGGGUUUAGGGCUCCAGGGAUCCGGGCUUAAAAUUAAGAAAGGGCUCCAGGCCUCCGAGGAGAGAAUUUCAAAGUUCUAGGGCCCCAUAUCAUUUGCUUUAGGGCUACAGGCUCCACCGUGGUCGACAAUCCUCAGGGGCGUAGUCUGGUUUUUCGGUCUAGGCACGCACAUGAAACAAAAGAAAAACGAGCGCCGAAGAAGCAAGGGCCUCGGAAAUGCCAUUUACCAUGUUUUCAGGGGGAAUUUUGAUAAAUCGAAACAUGGAAAAACGUUAACAAUUUAUGACAACCUUUGGUACAAUUGAUAUUAGUUACAAUGUGAAUACAGGCAAAGGGCGAGACUUGUAAUGUCCAUGGCUAUACUACGCGUUUUUUAAUCGCAUUUUAAGGGUCGCAUGUUAGGCGUUCGAUUUACGUCUUUCCCGGCCGUAACACUAUGACCUAAUUUCAUUUCUUCAAUAACCUCGUGCUCCUCGCAUUUUACAGUUCUGUUCUCCAAAUAAAAUUGUCGUCAACAAAUUGGCUUUUUUUUACAUCCUUUUUUAUUUCAUAACAAUUUUUCCUACGAACGAAUAAAUCAUGUCCUCUUCUAGUACAACGAGAAGAGGACAUGAUUUUCUGUUUAAAGUUUAAUGAUUGAAGUCAUUUGAUUAAAUUUUCAAAAAGGAAGUUACCUUCUGAUGGUCCUCCUUUACUGACCUUUCAACAGUCUGUUCUAUUCACCAAGCUUAGGUAAAGUAGCCCUUCACGAUUUUGUUACAUGUCUGGCCGCACAGGCUACCUCUAAAGAUGUGGCUUUGAGCACUCAAACAUUAAAUGAACUGAAAGGACGUUGAACACUUCAUCAACCCAAAAGUUCAAACUGACCCGAAAUGACUACGUUUCACACUGACUUCAAAUACUUUCGCAGACCUCUUCAAAGGGCCAAAAGGUGGAUUUCGAUCAUUUUAUUUUUGCCUUUCAUUUUCUUACUAUCGUUGUGAUGACUGGGUUUCAAACUCCUGUUUUAAAGUGAAUAGCGCAAUAUUCACAAAGACUUCUUGAUGAAAAAUAGCAGCAAUACAAUGAGAGAAAAACUCUUGCAUGUGUAAAAGUCGCUUUUCGCCAAUAAAUCUUUAAACAAGCAGAUAAAUAAAUAAAUAAUUCCUUUUUUUUUCCUACGCCCUUGAAUUCUGAUACAUACAAAUUAUUUUCUAAUUCAAAUCCACAAAUAACAAAGUCUGCCCUUUUUUAUUACAACCCUGAGCUUUCGGUUAUCACGUCUCUUGUUGUUUAACUGUAGAUUAUAAGCUUGAGGAAAAUGUGCUUUGCCUUCUCUCCAGAUCCCUUACAAGUAGCCCAAGAUGUAUGGAUGGCAAGGGGGACAAGGUUCAAGAUGCAAGGCUCACCCAAUAACAUACAUUCUAAGCAUUUUUACUAACAUCGAAGGUGUAUAUGUUACCUGAGUGCCAAAAGGUAGCAAAGAAACGCGCAAAUUUUUUUUCAAGAAGCAUAAAAACUCUGAGCUAGGCAUCGCAGUGCAGAAACCAAGAACCUACUGUUCCUCUGUGCCUACUGUUCCUCUGUUCCUCUGUGCCUACUGUUCCUCUGUGCCCUCUGUUCCUCUGUGCCCACUGUUCCUCUGUGCCUCUCUUCCUCUGUUCCUCUGUGCCCACUGUUCCUCUGUGCCUCUGUUCCUCUGUGCCUACUGUUCCUCUGUGCCUACUGUUCCUCUGUGCCUCUGUUCCUCUGUGCCCACUGUUCCUCUGUGCCCACUGUUCCUCUGUGCCCACUGUUCCUCUGUUCCUCUGUGCCCACUGUUCCUCUGUGCCCACUGUUCCUCUGUGCCUCUCUUCCUCUGUUCCUCUGUGCCCACUGUUCCUCUGUGCCUCUGUUCCUCUGUGCCUACUGUUCCACUGUUCCUCUGUGCCUACUGUUCCUCUGUGCCCACUGUUCCUCUGUGCCUACUGUUCCUCUAUGCCCACUGUUCCUCUGUGCCUACUGUUCCUCUGUGCCCACUGUUCCUCUGUUCCUCUGUGCCUACUGUUCCUCUGUUCCUCUGUUCCUCUGUUCCUCUGUGCCCCUGUUCCUCUGUGCCCCUGUUCCUCUGUGCCUACUGUUCCUCUGUGCCCACUGUUCCUCUGUGCCCACUGUUCCUGUGUGCCCACUGUUCCUCUGUGCCUACUGUUCCUCUGUGCCUCUGUUCCUCUGUGCCCACUGUUCCUCUGUGCCCACUGUUCCUCUGUUCCUCUGUGCCUACUGUUCCUCUGUGCCCACUGUUCCUCUGUGCCCACUGUUCCUCUGUGCCCACUGUUCCUCUGUGCCUCUCUUCCUCUGUGCCUACUGUUCCACUGUUCCUCUGUGCCUACUGUUCCUCUGUGCCCACUGUUCCUCUGUGCCUACUGUUCCUCUGUGCCUACUGUUCCUCUGUGCCUACUGUUUCUCUGUGCCUACUGUUCCUCUGUGCCCACUGUUCCUCUGUGCCCACUGUUCCUCUGUGCCUCUCUUCCUCUGUGCCUACUGUUCCACUGUUCCUCUGUGCCUACUGUUCCUCUGUGCCCACUGUUCCUCUGUGCCUACUGUUCCUCUGUGCCUACUGUUCCUCUGUGCCUACUGUUUCUCUGUGCCUCUGUUCCUCUGUGCCCACUGUUCCUCUGUGCUCACUGUUUCUCUGUGCCUACUGUUCCUCUGUGCCCACUGUUUCUCUGUGCCUACUGUUCCUCUGUGCUCACUGUUCCUCUGUUCCCACUUCCUCUGUGCCCACUCUUCCCCUGUGCCCACUGUUCCUCUGUGCCUACUGUUCCUCUGA